UUUAGCGUAAUGGUGGUGAUUGUGGAGAAUAUUGACGAACUGCAUUAUUUUUAUUUGUAGUGUUUAAUUAAAUAGUGUAAAUCAAAUUAUAUACUUUUGUGGCCGUGACCAUAACAUGCUUUCUUAUGUCGGGUUUACCUAAGACUCCUGUUUUGGUUGAGGAGGGUGGUAAUCAGUGUAGAAAACGUUCACAAGUCAAUAACGAACAAUCCAGCAAGAGAGCAAAAUUAGACGAAAUGAAUGUCAAUGAGAAGAAAUCAAACUUCUCCUUGUUAACUCCAAACACAAAUGGCGCUAUUAAGAUGUCGGCGACCACGAUUAAACCCGGUGUAGCAACAAAGAAACUGGUUAUAAAAAACUUUAAAAGUAAACCGAACCUUCCAGAAAAUUACCAAGAAACAACAUGGAGCAAACUAAGAGAAGCCGUGAUCGCUAUUCAGACAUCAAAGGCUAUCGCAUAUUCCCUGGAAGAGCUGUAUCAAGCAGUAGAAAAUAUGUGCAGCCAUAAGAUGGCAUCGCAAUUGUAUGUCAACUUAACAAACCUAGUUGAAGCCCAUGUAAAGGCCAACAUAGAACAGUUCCUCUCGGAGAGCAUGGACCGCCAGGUGUUUCUCAAGAGGAUGGAUGACUGCUGGCGAGCUCACUGCCGACAGAUGAUCAUGAUACGCAGCAUAUUCCUAUACCUAGACAGAACUUAUGUGUUACAAAAUCCUAGUAUACACUCUAUAUGGGACAUGGGUCUAGACUUGUUCCGGCAUCACAUAGCUAUGAACACUCUGGUGCAGACACGCACUGUGGACGGCUUGCUGCUGCUGAUUGAACGAGAACGUGGUGGCGACGCUGUCGACAUCUCUCUGCUCAAAAGUCUGCUGCGAAUGCUCUCUGAUCUCCAGAUAUACCAAGAUGCCUUCGAACACAAGUUCCUGCAAGCGACAGAACGUCUGUACGCGGCGGAAGGCCAGCGGCUGAUGCGCGAGCUCUCGGUAGCACAGUACCUUGCCCAUGUCGAGAAGAGGCUAAAAGAGGAGAAUGAGAGGCUGCUGCACUAUCUAGACCCAUCUACUAAAUGGCAACUGAUUCACACAAUAGAGCGACAGUUGCUCAGUGAGCACCUCUCUGGAAUACUGACCAAAGGCUUGGAGGCCCUUAUGGACGGACCCCGGCUGUCUGACCUCACUACACUGUACAAUCUCUUCAGCAAAGUCAAGGAUGGUCUUAAUGAAUUGUGCAAUCAUUUCAAUGCAUAUAUCAAGAAAAAAGGUCGUACGAUAGUGAUAGAGCCGGAGCGGGACAAGACGAUGGUGUCUGAGCUGUUGGAGUUCAAGGAGCGACUGGACCAUGUGGUCAGCGUCUGCUUCCAACGCAACUCAAAGUUCGUGUACUCCAUGCGGGAGGCCUUCGAGUACUUCAUCAACCAGCGGCAGAACAAGCCGGCUGAACUUAUUGCCAAAUUUGUCGAUCUAAAGCUUCGGGCUGGUAACAAAGAAGCGACAGAGGAAGAACUGGAAAGACUCCUUGACAAAAUAAUGGUUUUAUUCCGGUUUAUACACGGCAAGGAUGUUUUCGAAGCUUUCUACAAGAAGGACUUGGCGAAGAGACUGCUCGUUGGCAAGUCCGCUUCAGUCGAUGCUGAGAAAUCAAUGCUCAGCAAACUGAAACAGGAAUGCGGUGGAGGCUUCACAUGUAAAUUGGAAGGAAUGUUCAAAGAUAUGGAGUUGUCUAAGGAUAUUAAUAUUACGUAUAAACAGCACUUGGCUGCGAGUCAAGAGAGUGGUGGGCUGGAGCUGUCCGUGUAUAUCCUGACGAUGGGUUUCUGGCCGACAUACCCGGCUGGUGAGGUGCGGCUGCCGGCCGAGCUGACUCGCCACCAGGACCACUUCGCUAAGUUCUAUCUAGCCAAACACUCAGGUCGGAAGCUGCAGUGGCAGGCCACGCUCGGACAUUGCGUACUGCGGGCGCAUUUCGCACAGGGUAAAAAAGAAUUACAGGUAUCUCUAUUCCAAGCUCUCGUUCUCCUUCUCUUCAACGACGGAGACAAUCUCUCUUUUGAAGAUAUUAAAACUGCUACUAACAUUGAGGAAGGUGAGCUGCGACGUACUCUGCAGUCUCUGGCUUGCGGCAAAGCUCGUGUACUGAGCAAAGCGCCGCGAGGUCGCGAAGUUCACGACGCAGAUCACUUCGCCUUCAACAAUGAAUUCACCAACAAACUCUUCCGCAUCAAGAUCAACCAGAUACAGAUGAAGGAGACUAGUGAGGAACAGAAGGCGACAGAGGAGCGCGUGUUCCAGGACAGGCAGUACCAGAUUGAUGCGGCCAUUGUACGCGUCAUGAAGAUGCGCAAGGCUCUGUCGCACAACCUCCUCAUCUCUGAACUCUACAACCAGCUCAAGUUCCCAGUCAAGCCCGCCGACCUAAAGAAGCGUAUAGAGUCGCUGAUCGAUAGAGACUACAUGGAGCGCGAUAAGGACAACCCCAACCAGUACAACUACGUGGCAUAAGAACCCCCCGUGCCCCCCAAGCACCCCCUGCGGCACCCCCCGCGGCACCCCCCGCGGCAACCCCCCGCACACGACACAGGAGACAUCGCACUGAAGUGACUAUAGUGACCUAAACUUUGUAUCGUUCAGUGAAUAUUAAAAAAAUAAUUAAAAAAAAAAUUGCGGCUGA